AGAGGGACGUGCCCUCUAUAUGAGGUUGGGGAGCGGCAGAGUCGGCCUUUUCCGCCCGCUCCCCCCUCCCCCCGAGCGCCGCUCCGGCCGCACCGCGCUCGCUCCGAGCUCCAGCUAAGCUAGAGCCGCUGUCGUCUCCCUCCAGCCACCAUCAUGAUCAUCUACCGGGACCUCAUCAGCCAUGAUGAGAUGUUCUCCGACAUCUACAAGAUCCGGGAGGUCGCGGACGGGCUGUGUCUGGAGGUGGAGGGGAAGAUGGUCAGUAGGACAGAGGGUAACAUUGAUGACUCGCUCAUUGGUGGAAAUGCCUCCGCUGAAGGCCCCGAGGGCGAAGGUACCGAAAGCACAGUAAUCACUGGUGUCGAUAUUGUCAUGAACCAUCACUUGCAGGAAACCAGCUUCACAAAAGAAGCCUACAAGAAGUACAUCAAAGAUUACAUGAAGUCAAUCAAAGGGAAACUUGAAGAACAGAGACCAGAAAGAGUAAAACCUUUUAUGACAGGGGCUGCAGAACAAAUCAAGCACAUCCUUGCUAAUUUCAAAAACUAUCAGUUCUUUAUUGGUGAAAACAUGAAUCCAGAUGGCAUGGUGGCUUUGCUGGACUACCGUGAGGAUGGUGUGACCCCAUAUAUGAUUUUCUUUAAGGAUGGUUUAGAAAUGGAAAAAUGUUAACAAAUUUGGCUGUUUGGAUCUAUCACCUGUUGUCAUAACUGGCUGGCCACUGCUUUCAUCCACACAACACCAGGACUUAAAAGACAAAUGGAACUGAUGCCAUCUUGAGCUUCAUUUAUUUUGAUGUUGAUUUAUUUGGAGCGGAGGCAUUGUUUUUGAGAAAAAAACAUGUGUAGGUUGUCUAAAAAUAAAAUGCAUUUAAAUUCA